GGCUUGCGAAAUGAAGCUUUGCACCAGAAUGGAGUGCAAUGAUUCGAUGCAGGCGUCCCGGUUGCCGGCCGAGAAACGGCACUCGUGUGUGUGGAGAUGCCGGCCACCACCAGGCAUGGCAGCGGCUCCGUCAAGACCAAGACCAGCAGCUCGGCCAUGUUGUCUGUGCUCAACGUCCCUCGCACUUGUCAUCUUUCUUGCCACUAUUGCGUCCUCAUCGCAGGCUGCCAUGCACCGUCACGGCUCCAUCAACUCAUGGCUGAGGGCAUUCAGACCGCACAAGGCAGACGCGGCAUCGUGUCCUUCAGCAGCAGCAUCAGCAUCAGCAGACGAUGGCGAGGAUGUGUUCAUGAUGGCUGCGUCUAUCACGAGCACGGGCACUGUAGAGGUGGCGCGGCAGCGGCCGCUGAACUUCGUGGCGAGUGCGGUGCAGCAGGUGACGCCCAGCGUGGUGAGGAUUGACGUCGUCAGGCCGGUAUUCGACCCGCUCGCCGAGCUCUUUGACUUCGACGGCAAGUAAGCCCACCACUCACAUACAGGCCGACGUGACACGAUGCGAUGACUCCAUUUGGGCGUGUAUGUGUUUGUGCUUCGACGGUCAUCACAGCAACCGGCGACAGAUGUCGCAGGGCAGCGGCGUGGUUUUCUCAGAGGAGGGCCGCCUCAUCACCAACGCACACGUGGUCGACAAGGCCCUCUCGCUUACCGUGACGCUGCACAACGGGCAGACCUACCCUGCCAAGGUGACGGGCUUGGAUGAGCUGUCCGAUUUGGCUGUGGUCAAGAUCGACACACCCAAGGAGAGGGGAGGGGCGGGUGGCCGGAGACCCAUCAAGUUCCCCGCCGCCAAACUGGGCAACUCUGAUGAGCUGCAGGUGCGUGUUGAACGUGUUUUGGUCGUGUUUGGUGGUCAAUCGCACAAACCGUGCUGCGCUGUGUGAUGAUCAGGUAGGUGAUUGGGUGAUAGCUGUGGGCAACCCAGUCGGCCUGGACAGCACCGUCACUCUGGGCAUCGUGAGCAGCCUGACGCGGUCAAGUGCCGAGGUGGGCAUCCCCGACAAGAAGCUCAGCUUCAUACAGACCGACGCAGCCGUCAACUACGGUGGGCGGGCGCACAGACCAAAGGAGAGACGCCCCGGGGUGUGUUGAUGACAUGUUGCCACGUUGCCUGUACAGGCAACAGUGGGGGUCCCUUGGUGAAUGAGGUGGGUGAGGUGGUCGGCAUCGCGACGGCCAUACGGCCACACGCAGAAGGCAUCGGUGAGAGACCACACACACACACACACACACACACGCACGCACACAGAGAUUUCAUCGCUUCUUCUGUGUGUGUGCAGGGUUUGCCAUUCCGAUCAACAAGGCCAAGUCGAUUCUCGAUCAACUGAGCGAAGGAAAGACCAUCCAGCACGCAUACGUCGGCAUACAGGUCAGUCAGCCAGAAAGCAUCACUCACUCACCGGUCGACGCAGUCAUGCGCACGUGCGACUGUGCAGCUGUCAACACUGAACCCCGAGUUGGCACGGCAGAAGAAUGAGGACCCCAACUCACCUGUGGUCAUCCCUGAGGUCAGCGAGCCUAACAGGCAGCCAACGCGCGAAGACGUCCACACACAGAGAGACGGCAGAGGGCAUCUGUCUCGUUCGUGACGUGUGUCACAGGUCCACGGUGCGUUGGUGGAGCGUGUGUUGCCCGACACGCCUGCAUCGAGGGGCGGCUUGAGGAGAUUCGACAUAUGUAAGAAACGGCCAUCCACACGGCCACACGGCCAGACAGACAGACAGACAGACACCUCUGAUACCUUACCUCUUCAGUGGUCGAGGUUGAUGGCGAGAAGAUCAGAUCAGCCGAGGAGAUUGUGGUGGGCUAGGCGUUCAUGCUCGUGAUUCACUUACCCCGCCGACCAGCAAGCAUCCCAUCCUGUGCUCUUGGUUUCCCUCCCACUGACUGCAGCAAGUGGUCGACAGGACGCCGGUGGGUCAGGUGCUGCAAUUCAAGCUGCAGCGAGGCGACCGCGUCCAGACCAUCGGCAUCAAAACCGAGGAUCUCAUGGAGCGGGAAAGGAAACGAAGAGAGGUACGGACGAAAGACAGACCCACACGCCAGCACCGAAAGCAUCUCGUCCCACCUGCCUGUGUGGGUGUGGGUAGGAGCGAGAGCGGAAGCUCCGCGACCGCCUUCGUCGGUGGCGCAACAAUCACAACAACAACAACCCCAAUAACAGGGGCCGGGGGGGCGAUGAUGAGAGUGAGGAGGAUGAUGCCAGGGGGCCCAUGCGGCGAAACAGACAGCCAGUUCCCUACCCUCCCCCAAGGUGGAAGUCGUGAGGGAUGGGUGCAUGGAUGGACGAAUGAAUGUCUGAUGUGUCGACCUGACAGUGGGGGGUGUUGUGUCUUUUGACAAAUAUGAGACAGACUCCUCCCAGCGUGUGUGUGUGUGUCGUGGAGCGAGUCGAUUUAAUCUUUAUGCGUGCCUGUCGUGUCGUCGGCCGGUCAGGUCAAAGUGUCAGAAAGAGCAUCAAUCACGUCAGUCAGCACGGACCGCAGCACGAGUCAGUCGAGUCAGUCUGUAGCCAUUAAACAAACAUACAAAUGUAUGUGCUGUGCGUGUGAAUGAAUGAAUGAAUGAGCGCCCACCCCACCCCACCCCACCAUACCAUCCUCCGUCAGGGAGACAAGAGA